CCCAGGAUGACCACGCUGGCCGGCGCUGUGCCCAGGAUGAUGCGGCCCGGCCCGGGGCAGAAUUACCCACGCAGCGGCUUCCCGCUGGAAGUGUCUACACCCCUCGGCCAGGGCCGAGUCAACCAGCUCGGAGGAGUAUUUAUCAACGGCAGGCCUCUGCCCAACCACAUCCGCCACAAGAUCGUGGAGAUGGCCCACCACGGCAUUCGGCCUUGCGUCAUCUCUCGCCAGCUUCGCGUGUCCCACGGCUGUGUCUCUAAGAUCUUGUGCAGGUACCAGGAGACAGGCUCCAUCCGACCUGGCGCCAUUGGCGGCAGCAAGCCCAAGCAGGUGACAACGCCUGACGUGGAGAAGAAAAUUGAGGAAUACAAAAGAGAGAACCCAGGCAUGUUUAGCUGGGAAAUCAGAGACAAAUUACUCAAGGACGCUGUCUGUGAUCGGAACACUGUGCCCUCAGUGAGUUCCAUCAGUCGCAUCCUGAGGAGUAAAUUUGGAAAAGGAGAAGAGGAGGAGGCGGAUUUAGAAAGGAAAGAAGCCGAGGAAAGCGAGAAAAAGGCUAAACACAGCAUCGAUGGCAUCCUAAGUGAGCGAGCCUCCGCACCUCAGUCAGAUGAAGGCUCGGACAUUGACUCAGAACCUGAUUUACCGCUGAAGAGGAAGCAGCGCAGGAGUAGAACCACCUUCACCGCAGAGCAGCUGGAGGAAUUGGAGCGCGCUUUCGAGAGAACCCACUACCCAGACAUUUACACCAGGGAGGAGCUGGCCCAGAGGGCGAAGCUUACCGAGGCCCGAGUGCAGGUCUGGUUUAGCAACCGCCGUGCAAGAUGGAGGAAGCAAGCUGGAGCCAAUCAACUGAUGGCUUUCAACCAUCUCAUUCCGGGGGGAUUCCCUCCCACCGCCAUGCCGACCCUGCCAACAUACCAGCUGUCGGAGACCUCUUACCAGCCCACGUCUAUCCCACAAGCCGUAUCAGAUCCCAGUAGCACUGUUCACAGACCUCAGCCGCUUCCUCCGAGCACUGUCCACCAAAGCACCAUUCCUUCGAAUGCAGACAGCAGCUCUGCCUACUGCCUUCCCAGCACCAGGCAUGGAUUUUCAAGCUACACCGACAGCUUCGUGCCUCCGUCGGGGCCCUCCAACCCCAUGAACCCCGCCAUUGGCAAUGGCCUUUCACCUCAGGUAAUGGGACUUCUGACCAACCACGGUGGGGUACCGCACCAGCCUCAGACCGACUAUGCUCUCUCCCCUCUCACUGGGGGCCUGGAACCCACGACCACGGUGUCAGCCAGCUGCAGUCAGAGACUGGAACACAUGAAGAAUGUGGACAGUCUGCCCACAUCUCAGCCCUAUUGUCCCCCCUAUAGCACCACAGGCUACAGUAUGGACCCUGUCACGGGCUACCAGUAUGGGCAGUAUGGACAAAGUGCCUUUCAUUAUCUCAAGCCAGAUAUUGCAUAA